UAUCUAUCUAUCUAUCUAUCUAUCUAUCUAUCUCUCUCUCUCUCUCCACUGUUGAUCUGGAGGCCACAAGUCACAACAGCAAGAUGUCUUCAACAAGUCAAUCGUCACAGGUCAACUUAAAGUGCAUCAUUCAGUUACCCCCAGAUGGCUGACGUGUGCUGACAAUAAGAUUACCAGCUGACAGUCUGACCAAGAUCGCCCCUGACUCGUCAUUCAUACAACCAUACAAAGGCAGAGAGGAAGUGCAGUACGACACUUUAGGCACAGAUGGUUGUGUUUAUCUGCCAGGCGUAGGAAGUAAACAGGUAGAAGAAUCAAGGUCAGGACUCGGAGACAAAGUUCUCACUGAAUGGAACUUUCUGAGAUACAAUGAUGAAGGGUAGACAUUUUGCCAGGCGAUUCUCCCUACAGCCGGCCCUGUAUGAGGAAGAUAGGCCUUCACCCGUCAGUAAGGAUGAGGACACAGCUGUAGAAGGAGCAACAGCGGCAGGAGCACUAGCAGGGACAUCCUCACGGGGCGCGGGUGACCCAGGGGCCGGCACGAGCAACGGGGCGGCCUCCUCGUCAGCGGAGAAAGACGGAGACAACCCAAAGAAGCGGAGAUAUAGGGUGGUGGUGAUGGGAGCGGCUAAAGUGGGCAAGACUGCGAUCAUCAACCAGUUUCUGUAUGAUUCUUUCACCUCCAAGUAUACCAGGACGAUUGAGGAGAUGCAUCAUGGAGAGUAUGAGGUAUCUGGCAUGUCCCUCACAUUGGACAUACUGGACACGUCGGGAUCAUAUGAGUUCCCUGCUAUGAGAGAAUUGUCGGUCAACACAGCGGAUGCCUUCAUUUUAGUCUACUCGAUCACCGACGCAGAAUCCUUCGAGGAGAUCCGCCAUCUUCGAGAGUUCAUCCUCCAAACGAAGAAACAAAAUGUCCCUAUCGUGGUAGUGGGCAACAAGACCGAUCUCGAGGACCAGCGUGCGGUGCCCCUCGAAACCGCCGAAACCAUCGUCCUCGUAAACUGGGAGGGCGGGUUCCUCGAGGCCAGCGCCAAGGACAACCUAAAUGUAUUGCAUAUCUUCAAGGAACUACUCAACCAAGCUAAGAUCAGGUACGCCCUCAGUCCUGCAGUCAAGAGGAGGCGACAGUCCAUGCCUAACGUGGGUAUGCAGAUCACCCCAGCCCAACUCUCCCACCUUCACCACAUUAGACAGAAGAGCAGCGGCAAACGGAACUCCUGCGUCAUUUCUUAGACCCUCGACUACAGGGGCCCGGCGGAACCUUGGACAACAGGAACACAGGAACACGGAAAAAUAUAACGAGAACGGAACGACAACAAUUACGAAGAACGGUUAAAUUAGUUGCAACAAUGUGAAAAAUUAUGGAAAUUUAUGGAAAACAGACAUAUGAGAGACUUUGGUUAUAUAUUUAUGAAUGAAGGGGGUAAUGGUAGGGGUAUUAAUGGGUAAAACUAAGGGUAGGAGGGUCAGAGGAUAAUAGUAGAUAUUAAUGGGCAAAACUAAGGGUAGGAGAGCCAAGGCAUAAUGGUGGAGAUAUUAAUGGGUAAAACUAAGGGCAGAAGGGCAUAACCUGACAGAGCCCUCCCUUGGAAAAUAAGGAAAAAAUUCAGUACAUUACGUUACAGACUGUUACAAAGGCCUAUCUGUAUCCUGUGAUGCUCAUAAUUAGUUUGAGUAACACCUGGGCUGAACACACAGGUAAUCUGAGGUGCUUUUAAACCCUCAGGUAAUGGUAAUUAGAGAAGCUAUUAGCUAGUAGUCUUUCAUGUAACACCUUAAGAUAAAAUAGCAACAGUAUAUGGCUAUUAGAUAAUGGUUAAAUAGCACAGUGAGUGGACCUUUAGCUUGUGUGAAUAGAGAGUGAUGACACAUAAGAACUAUGGGCAUUAAAGAUGUAUUUCCUAUUUUUUGGGGCUAUAUUUUCACUCCAGUUGACAUCUAGAGAUAUUUUAGAGAGGCAUUAACUUAUUUAUCAUGAGUGUUCGUAUGUUAACAAGUAGACAUGAAUCAGACAUUAUCUUAUUUUUCAUUGGUGUUUGUACGUUAAAAUAUAGACAUGAAUUAGACAACUUAUUUUCCAUUGGUGUUCGUACGUUAAAAUAUAGACAUAAAUCGGACAUUAUUUAUUUUUUCAAUUGGUGUUUGUACGCUAAAAUAGACAUAAAUCAGACAUUAACUUAUUUAUCAUUAGUGUUCGUUCGUUAAAAUACAGACAUGAUUAGACAACUUAUUUUUCAUUAGUGUUCGUAAAUGACAAAAUUAUUCACCUCCACAAAGGACACAGUUUUGAUGUUGUGUGUUGAUAACGUUAGUAUUAAUACGUCAUAUUUACAUGGUGUUCGGUGACGUCACGAGACAGACAAAAGGAAAAUCAAGUUUAGAAUUUAAGUGCUUCGUCGAAACUCCAUAGAGGAAAAAAUAUGGAACGCGAUUGAAGUUACUGAUACAAAAUACAUUAGUUAUAAAGUCAUCGAUUAAUAAAUUAUACAGUAGCUACAAUGAAGAUGUAUUAGUGAUUUUAUUUCCCGGGGCAUGGAGGAAAAUACAUGGAAAAGGACAGUUUGAUGAGGAGAAAAAUAUGUGGAAAAAGGAGUUUGACGAGGAGGAAAAUAUUUGGAAAAAGGACAGUUUGAUGAGGAGGAAAAUGCGUGGAAAAAGGACAGUUUGGGGACAGAUACAGGAUACAAUGUUUACAUCUGGUGAUGGAACUUCUGCUUGUAUGGAGGAAAAGAGGAAAGAGGUGGAUAUGGUAACUAUUGAAUAACUAAUGGAAAAAAAUACACAAAAUCAAAAAUAAAAGAGUGAAUAAA